AUGUCCGCCACCGAUUCAAAAGAACCAACAUUUCAAAAGAAAAACUUCACAAAACUCCCUGUGCAUCAGAUAAACCCCAGUUACACAGUGCGUGUGAUGUGCUGCGUGUUUUUUAUCUUUUUAACCGAGAUUUUUCUCGCCCACUAUGUAUAUCGGCUGAUAAACUCAGAAAUCCGCGAGGACUAUGUCGCGAAACACUCGUUUCAUCAUCAUUUUUUGCUUGAACUACGCAGUGAAGAGUUCCGCAACGAAGUUAGGAGAAUUUUUAAGGAAUUUAGUGUGAUGAAUUCUAGCCAUAGUUUGAAAAGAGAAAAGAGGAGCGUAAAACAUAGGUUAGAUUAUAAUUACUUGGGAGUGCAAGCUGAGGAGCCGCAGGUGGAGUUCUUUAAUCCGAAAACAAGGGUGCCUGGGGACGAGAAGGAUGAUGAAAACUUAAGAAAACUCGGAAGGAAGGAAUUGACACCCAGUGGGGAUUCUUGGAUAUGGGUCACAAGCUCAAGCAGAAUACCGGAAAAAGCAUUAGAAGGAUAUUGUCAAAAAGUACAAGAAUUUUGUCCAAAAAAUGCUGGACCACAGGGACCACCUGGACAAAAAGGUGAUCAAGGACAGCAGGGACUGAGAGGAUUUCCUGGAAUUCCAGGUGAUAUGGGUUCUCCAGGAUUUCCUGGAGAGAAAGGAGAACAGGGUCGCCCCGGGCUGGAUGGUAGAGACGGUUUACCUGGAGAACCUGGUCUAUAUGGAAGACCAGGAAGAAAUGGGUAUGAUGGAGCACCCGGUAAGGAUGGCAUACCAGGCAAGGAUGGAAAAGAUGGCAUCAAUGGUAUGAAAGGUGAAAGAGGUGUUAUGGGUCCUCAAGGUCUUCGAGGUCCAUCUGGUCUGCCAGGUCCAAGAGGAAGAUCAGGCAAACCUGGUACACACGGUACUCCCGGCAUACCGGGCAUCACUGCAUGGAAAGUAAUGGAUAAGCAAAAUACUUCAAAGCUUCUUAUUCCUCCUUCAAUAGCAGGUGCACAGAACAAACCGGAUACUUACAUUGUAAACGAAUGGGACAAUGUCCUCCUUCAAUGUUUGGCAUCUGGUAACCCGCCUCCUAGAACCUUAUGGCAACGUCUGGAUAAUAAACCAGUUGUAAUGGGAACAUGGCAAGAACUGCAAGUUCCGGGACCGAAUCUAAGUAUUCCACGCAUAACACGAGAUCACAUGGGAAUCUACGUAUGUAUAGCUGAUAACGGAGUUCCGCCACAAGCAAACAAAACGUAUCUCGUUGAGGUGCAUUUUCCGCCACUCGUCAGAAUUUCAAAUCAGAAUGUUGCCGCGGCAAAUGGAUCAACAGCGGUCUUAGAAUGUGAAACAGAAGCCUUUCCAGAACCCCUUCGCUACUGGGAACGUUCCGAUGGGCGGUUGCUGGAAAACACCGACAGAUUCAAGAUAGACAAUUCUCUCGAGAGAAACGGCUACAGAUCCAGAAUGCAACUGAACAUUACGAAUAUAAAUAGCAAAGAUUUCAACUACAAGUAUUAUUGCAUCAGCAAGAAUGAGCUACAAACUACCAGGGGAGAAUUUCAGCUAGGAAAACACACUUCAAACCAAUCGCUUUUCACUGAGCGGGGAAAAGGACCAAAACUUUUUGGAAUUCCACCACCAGAAAAAGUAUCUUUAGAAGAUUUAUGCGGCCCUCCAGUUCAGUGCCCGGAUUGCGAUUCCAAAGAACUCAAGUGUUCAGCAGGUGUAUCGCUAGUCGAUUUGAUUAGUCAUUGGGAAGUAAGGCCGUAUCACGAAAAUAUUACCUACAGUGGAUUUCCUAAUAGAGCAAAAGAUUGUGUAUUAUAUGCUGUUGGUAAGCCAGUUUACCUUCGAACUACAGAUGAUCAGUACGGAUGUUUUAUGCGAGAUUCAAAUCCACUUACGGAAAAGGAUGAACAGAAAUUCUGGGUAACUACAGAAAACGCACCAGACAAAUUAAAUGAGUUUGUAAAUAAAACGAUGUACAGAAAGGAUAUUCCCACCACUGUUUACGAUUUGGAUCAUCCAUUUGGAGGUAACUCUCACGUCGUAUAUAAUGGCAAUUUCUUUUAUAACAUCAAAGAUACCAGAAGAAUUAUUCGCUAUAACUUACAGAAUGAAAGCACGGUUUCACUAGACCUCCCAGGACCAGAUUCUAACUCAAAAUCAAAUCACAAUAAAAGCGACAAACUGUACCAAGGUCAAUACAAUACAGUUGAUUUUAAUGUCGAUGACAAUGGACUGUGGCUAAUAUUUGCAGUACCUGAUUCCAAUAAUACUGCAGUCAUGAAGGUUAAUACAGAAACAAUGAAAGCACAGUAUAUCUGGAAUAUAAGUCUAGAACAUCAAAGGGUUGGGGAAAUGUUCAUUGUUUGCGGAGUGCUUUAUGCCGUCGACAGCGUAACUGACAGGAACACGAAGAUUCGAUUUGCUUUCGAUUUGUAUAAAAAUAAUUUGUUAGAUGUCAACUUAGCUAUAGCAAAUCCAUUCAGAAAAACUACGAUGUUGGGAUAUAAUGCUAAAAAUCAGGAACUGUAUUCUUGGGAUAGAGGAAACCAAUUAACUUAUCCCGUGCGAUAUCACGAUAUUGGCUACAAUUCGUCAACCGCAGCAGCAAAAGACGAUAGAGGCGAAUUGUCGGAUGGUGGCUCCAAAUAA